UUCUGUUUUUCCGCAUUGCUGCAGAAGACGGUGAACAUGGCGUCGGCCCUCGGUCGUCUGGCCCGGCUGUCCGCCCUCAAACACGGCCGAUUCCCCCGGCUGAGCCCCUCUACCGGGCCGGGGAGGACCGUGACACCGGGCCGGACAGCCGUUACCUCCCCCACCGGAAGUAUUCUACCCAAACCCAAGACGACCCCGUUCGGUCUGAUCCGGAUCGCUCUGGUCGUGGUUCCCUUCCUGUACGUGGGGACUCGGAUCAGUAAGAACUUCGCGGCGCUGCUGGAGGAGCACGACAUCUUCGUCCCCGAUGAUGAUGAUGAUGAUGACUGAGGGGUCCGAGGACUUCCGGGUUUUCAGGUCGUCGAGUGCGGGCUGCACGGUGCCGCUCGUAUCGUUCUGCAUGCACUGAAGAAAUCUUAAUAAAGGGAUGAAGGUUUAAAUGUCA